AUGGCGCCAAUUGUGGAAGAUGUCAGCUUCAAAACCCUCGAUGGGCUCACACUGGUCGGUAGGCUCUAUCCUGCCGACAAGCGUGGCCCCGGAAUAAUAAUGACACCUGGAUUUAAUUGCGUGAAGGAGAUGUUCGUGCCUGAGGUUGCCGAGCGAUUUCAAGCAGAAGGUAUCACGGCCCUCAUCUACGAUCCGCGCACACUGGGCGAGAGUGAGGGCGAGCCUCGAAACAACGUCGACCCCAUGAUGCAGGUGUCAGAUUACUCGGAUGCAAUGACCUUUAUGCGGAGCGUUUCUAUCGUGGACCCAGAAAGUAUCGCUUUCUGGGGACAGUCAUUCGCCGGAACGAUUGCGCUUUGCGCUGCAGCGCUCGACAAACGAGCUAAACUCUGCAUCUCAAUUUGCCCUCUACUCAAUUUCGAAUUAACACCGGAAAAGUUCCCCCGCGUGCUGGCGAAGAGUAUGCGGGACCGAGAGUCCCAAAUUUCCGGCAAUGCUGCUAUGUAUCUACCUGUCCUUACGGAGACAGGGGAGAACCCAGCAGGAAUGGGCAUUGGUGCCGACAAAGAGGAAUUCGAUUACAUGGUUAAUGCAAAGUCGCGGGGGGCUCCUAACCACGAAAAUCAUACCACAUUGCAAACAUAUUACAAGAUCGUUAUGUGGCAGCCGCAUGGCAUCAUGAAAUAUAUGGAUCCAACCCCUGUGUUGAUGGUGGUGCCGGAGCUGGAUAUGAUCUCACCACCGGAAGAGCAGUUCGCUUUGUUUGAUACUUUCCCUGAACCGAAAAAGGUGCAUAUUGCGCCUGGAAAGGGUCAUUUGGACGUCUUGAGUGGAGAGGACUUUCCGGCACUUUCAGCAAUGCAGGCGGGCUUUCUACGGGAGCAGAUGGCACUUUUGAAGGCUUGA